AUGAUACCCAUUCCCCAAGUACUAACUAUCCAGAAACGCAAGAAAAUAUUCUGGGCAUGCAACCACUGCAACAAGGCUCACAUCACGUGCGAGGCGGCCCGGCCGUGUCUGCGCUGUAUCAAGAAGGGGCUUCAGGAUACCUGUGAAGACGCUCCCCGCAAAAGGAAGAAGUACUUGGCCGACAUCCCCAGUCCUGUGGUUCUGAAAGGCCAUGAAAAGCCACACGCAGAAGGGAGCACCGCAGCCGUUUCCAAAACGGUAUGUGGUGUGGACAUGAUGCCCAGCAUCAAGGCCGAAGCGGGCCUCAAUCCAGAAACUGCUCCUCAUAUGUUCAAGGCCACUCAGUUCCAACAAAGCGCUUCGCUUCCGGAUUACUUGGCUCAAAGGCAAACCCACUUGGCACGCUCAUCUUCCGGGAACGAACCGGGCCGAGGGGCUCCUCUCCAUCCAAACUAUAUGGCCCAGAGUGGGACUCUGGGCGCUGCGCCGGAGAAAAAACGAACCUUCCUUUCGUCGGCCGCAGAUAUGGAGUACACGACGUUGUCCAGUAUUCUCCAAGAUAAUUUCAUGGGGGUGAGCCAAACACAUUCACUUGCUUCAACCGAGGGGACGCCUGCUUCUGUCAACUUGUCUCCCAAUUUAUCUCCACAUGGCUACAACGAAAUGCAGAAGGUCCCACACUCGCAAGCUUUGGCGGCCCCGUAUAAUGCCACUGACUUCUCUCCAAAUUCCUCUCAGCUCGAAGACCCCAAAUACAAUGGUUCGGGCAUGAAAACAAAUCAAUACCCCAGCCUUUCUGAAUUUCCUCCGUUUGACGCGAGAAUCAAUCAGUAUUUUUUGGGCAACACCUCACAACAUACAAAUGUUACUUAUCCGGAAGUCCGCGAGGCAAUGGAGAAUCUCAAGCAGAAUAGCCCGGCGCAAUAUUUCUCGCGGAGCUCGAAACUGUCACUUUCAUUCACCAUGGGCUUUCCGCCCAUAAUAGAAACCAGCCGCAACUUGUUAUUCAAUGACCCCGAGGAAAUCUACGUCAAGAUCAAAAAGCCGUUUUCAUAUACCCCGGGGUUCCACAAGUUGAUUGCGUAUCUCCGAAGCAGGUUUCCGCGAGAAAUGUUGGUCAAAAUGGCCGAGUCCAUGGCGGUGUACAGACCUUCGUUCAUUGCGUGCACAAAUUCCCUACGAGAGUCCGACCUAAUUUUCAUGGAACAGUGUUUCCAGCGGACGCUCUUGACGUAUGACAAUUUUAUCAAAGUCAGUGGGACGCCUACGAUCGUCUGGCGAAGAACGGGCGAAAUAGCAUACGUGGGACACGAGUUUACCACGCUUACAGGAUGGACGCAGGAUCAUUUGCUUGGAGGCAAGCCCACGUUUAUUGUCGAGUUAUUGGACGACGAGUCCGUCGUGGAGUACUUCCAGCUUUUUUCCAAGAUCGCCUUUGGUGACUUUCUUGGUGCCACCAUGACCGAGUGCACGCUCCUCACGCCUAAGCAGAAUGUCAAGAUUCGUGCUGGGUGCAGUUGGACCAUGAAACGAGACGUGUUUGGCAUCCCCAUGAUGAUUGUCGGGAACUUUCUUCCCAUCCUCUAG